AAGGGAGUGUACAUGACAGAUAUAAUUCCUCAGGGUGUGGCUAUGAAGGCUGGUGUCCUGGCUGGAGAUCACUUGAUUGAAGUGAAUGGAGAGAAUGUAGAAGAUGCCAGCCAUGAGGAGGUGGUUGAAAAGGUGAAGAAGUCAGGCAACCGGAUCAUGUUCCUUCUAGUGGACAAAGACACGGAUAAACGCCACAGUGAGCAGAAGAUACAGUUCAGGAGAGAGUCGGCCAGUUUGAAGCUGCUGCCCCAGCAGCCCCGCCUCGUGGAGAUGAAGAAGGGAAGCAAUGGCUAUGGUUUCUAUCUAAGGGCAAGUUCAGAACAGCAAGGUCAGAUCAUCAAGGACAUAGACUCUGGAAGUCCAGCAGAGGCAGCUGGCCUGAAGAACAACGAUCUGGUAAUUACGGUCAAUGGCAUGUCUGUGGAAUCCCUCGGUCAUGACAGUGUGGUGGAAAUGAUUAAAAAAGGUGGAGACCAGACUUCCCUGCUGGUGGUUGACAAAGAGAUGGACAGUCUCUAUAAGCUGGCUCAUUUUUCCCCAUUUUUCUACUACCAAAGUCAAGAACUGCCUAAUGGUUCUGUCAAGGAGGCUGCAGGUCCCACUCCUGUUCCUCUGGAGGUCCCAAAUGCAGAUCCUACAGAGGAAGCAGAGGAUCAUAAGCCUAAACUCUGCAGGCUGGAGAAAGGUGCAAACGGCUAUGGCUUUCACUUAAAUGCGAUUCAAGGUCAGCCGAGCUCAUUCGUCAAAGAGGUACAGAAGGGCAGCCCUGCUGACCUGGCUGGGCUGGAGGAUGAGGAUGUCAUCAUUGAAGUGGAUGGUGUAAAUGUGCUCGACGAACCCUAUGAGAAGGUGGUGGACAGAAUCCAGAGCAGUGGGGAAAACGUCACACUCUUAGUCUGCGGAAAGAAAGCCUGUGAGUAUUUCCAAGCUAAGAAAAUCCCCAUUGUGUCCUCCAUGGCUCUUCCACCAGCUAUCCCCCCAGAUGCCAAAGAAACACCUGUGGGAUCAGAGAACGAUUCGCACAUGGCAAGAGAACGAGCACAUAGUACAGCCUCGAAUUCUUCUGCCAGUUCUGAAGAUACGGAGCUGUAAUGAGAAUGAAUUAUGGCUUUGGCUGAAAGCUGUUUCUGGAUAUUUAAUACAAAUUCUUGAAGGAAUGAGCUGCCAUUUGUUUACUGUCUGUUAGAGAAGAACUCCUUUGGAAACCAUUCAUCAUGUCUUCUGCUGUCAUCCUUCUGAGGGCCACUACUGCAGAUGGCUUCUUUAUGGGUGACUUAGGAAGAACUAUGGCAGGAGCCAGAUUUUUCUCAUGUGAUCUCUUCCAAGCUUCAACUUGACCUCUUUCCUUUGUAUGGUAUCUCCUACCCUGACAAGUUCCCUGAGCACCAAAAAUGAUUUGCAAAUCUGUGUAUGUGAUUUAAAGUAUCUAAGUAGAUAAGCCUGUUAAAUUAUGCUUUUGUAACAA